AUGUUUGUGGGCUUCCUACUGGUCCCUGAAGCUUUGGAAAAUGCUCUCAACGAGCUAGCUUUGUCGUGUCUGGCCGGUGAAAUCCGCUUCUUCGUUCCCAUCAGUCUGCCUGAUAAAAACCCCCGCUCCGCGUUUGUCAGUUUGGAUCUUGUCCUGAAGAAUUCCAGAAGCUGCCGUCCAACGCAACGAGCCGCAAUCUUGCGUGUGCCCGAAAGUGCAUACCCGGCAAGUCCAUCGACGAAAAGCGCAGCUGCUCGAUCUCAUCUAGCCCACCUGCGCCAUUCUAUACCAGUUCAAGCAUCUCGAGUUGGCUGGGAGUUUGGUAUCGAGAGCGGCGGGGUUAGGCAGAGGAAGUGUCACACUCCCAUCCUGAUCAGCGGCCCUGUUAGGCGUCACGGUGCGACUCCACCGACAACACUUUUCGCACACGGCCCAAAUCCAGGCCCCAGAGACGCCUCAAGCUGCAGCCACAGCUUGCUAGCUUUCCACCCGGAGAAGGUCAUUUACCCUACCACAAACCAAAUCUGCAGAACCGCUGCUCGGGCUGCUCGACAUCCGUAA